GCCCCGCGGGCAGGAGGAGGAGCAGCGGGAGGAGGAGCGGCGGCGGAGGAGGCGGUGGCUGCUGCCGGCCGGGGAUGCGUGUGUGCCUGUGCGUGUGUGCGCCCGCUCAGCUCGCUAUCCUCGGGUCACUCGGUGCCGGGUGGAUCCAGCCGCUCCCGGCGCCGCGGGAAUCGCUUUUCCCAGCGCGGCCGGUUCUCGCUGAGGUCCCGAGAAGAGCACCGAAAAGAAAUGAAUGUCAGAGAGGAUUUGUUUAAUCAUUUACCAGCUGACACAAGCCAUGUCCCUAACAAAGCGUUGGUGAAAAAGUAGAAGAUUUCUGGGAUACAGCAGCACCAGUACUGUGAAGCCGCUUCUGCAGGUCAGGAGCAGCAUGUGUUGGAGGAUGCCGUAGCCCAGGAGGUGAGGCUCGUGGGGACAAGGUCGAUGGCUUGCAUGGAGCUUCUCUACCUGGCUGAGGAGAGCAGACAGGUGCCCCUGGGCACCGCUGCUGGCUGGAGCCUGCCCUGCCAUCCCCGUGAGCAGCAGCAGUGUGAGGGGGGUGAGGUGGACCCCAGAGCAGCCGCUGCCGUGGCAGCCCUGCACUGUGAACGGCACUGCAAGCCCUUGCAGAGGGGCCCUGUGGCUGAGCCCCCCCUGGCACCCUGGCCCCCCUCCGUGGGCACCUCGCCCCAGGAGCACCCUGCACCCUCCAGCACCUCCCAGCCCUGCCGCCCAGGCGAGCUCUUGCCCAGGGAAGAGGAUGGAGGGAAGAAAGCCUGCUGCUGUGCCCAGGAACUCGAGACGUCGUUCACCUAUGUGGAUGAAAAUGUAAAUCUGGAGCAUGCAAGAAGUGCCCCCACUCCUGCAGGUGGCCAGGAUGCCCCCCUGCAGCAGCAUUCCUGCAGGGCGCUGCCACCUGAAUGGGUGCACGAUUCUCCCUCCUUGGUCUCUGAGGAGGACGAUGCUGCCUCGGAGGCAGCAGCUGGGAAAUCCGUUGACUAUGGAUUCAUUAGUGCCAUUUUGUUCCUGGUUUGUGGCAUUUUGCUGGUGAUAAUUUCCUAUGUGGUACCCAGAGAUGUGACUGUGGAUCCCAGCACGGUGGCUGCCCGGGAGAUGGAGAGGCUGGAGAACGAGAGCGCCAGGAUCGGCGCUCACUUGGACCGCUGUGUGAUCGCUGGGCUGUGUCUCCUAACCCUGGGGGGCGUGGUGCUCUCCAGCCUGCUGAUGAUGUCCAUGUGGAAAGGGGAGCUGUACCGGAGGAGCAGGUUUGCAUCCUCCAAGGAGUCUGCAAAGCUGUAUGGAUCUUUCAAUUUUAGAAUGAAGUCUGGUGCAAAUGAUAAUAUGCUCGAGCUGUCAUUAGUUGAGGAAGAUGUGCUUGCCAUAGAUAAUUAGUGUGGUCAUGAUUUUUAAGGCAGCAUUUUUACAGGAAAAUAUGUUUCAUUAAAGAAAGCAGAUGCAGCUAAAGAUAGCUGGUGAUGCAGUUUAUUUGUCUGACAAGAAUGGUGUUAUCUUAAGCUCUAUAAUCAAAUGUUUGCAAUAUAUGAGUACUUGUUGUAAAGAGGAACUGUGCCAGAUGAAAUGCAAAUGAUACAAAAUAACGAAAACCACUGAAUAAAAAGAGAUUUGUGAUAAGUAGGUUCCUCAGAUACUUGUUUAUCCUAGUAUAAAACAUUCCACUGAUGUCUUGCCUAUAUAAUUUUCUUAUUACUCUCAUACAGAAUAUGAAUGACCUUGACACUUUGGAAGCUGUUAAUUUUUGAAGCCUGCAGGAUUAUUUACAGUCUACUUGACAGAAUGUUAAGAAGCAGGACCAAUAAUCAAAUAGCAGGGCUAAUAUUUCAUUAAGAGAUGCUAUUUUAUUGUUUAGUUUUAAGCAGAUCCCUUCUCUUCAAUUAAGUGACAGCUAUGGGAAGAAAGAACACCACUUGGGGAUGACUGGCCACAAACCUCCCGUAUUUCCAAACAAUCGUACAAUUAGUGAUGAUUAUUUAAAAUAUGAAAUAAGAGGCAAAGGGCAGGAAACCAUAUGGCUCAUGGUACUGGUAGGAGACAAAAGACUCUUUCAGCUUGAGGUCAGUGGCUCCAUUUCAGUUCAGAUUAGCAAUGAUUGAUAGUCAUUAACUUCUGAUAGCUAUAGUGACCCAUAUAAAAGAAGUUUAGUUCCUGGUGGACAGAUGUCUUUGUAUGAAAACUGCCAUAACAUGAAUUAACAGACGUCUUGUUUGGAGUCUCAAAAGACCCAAAGACUGAAAAAGCAUAGGGAUGCUGAGACUGGACACUUCUCCUUUAGUACACAUGCCAGAAGAAAUUCAAGCUCAGCUGUAGGGCUUUGCUUAUACUCAGGCUGUCUGCAUCUCAUUAGUCCUUUUUGAAACUUCAGUUUUAUGUCACUAGGCUGUCAACCUUCUCAUAACCAGCAAGGAAAGGUCAGGAAGGAGCUCUCUGAGACUUGUUCAAUAAAACCCAAUUUAUUUGUAAAGAAUAAAUCAUCAGGAAAUACAGAGGUUAAGUAUCAGGCAGUUUACCGGCUGACAUGAGACUCACUUAACGUAGGGGAUGAUCAAGGGUACAUGUUGCUACUAAUCUCAGUCCUGUGGCACUGUAGCCAAAAGCCUCUACCACUGAUGCUGUUUGCUUUAUUACCAGCUGGUUUCUGGGGAACAUUGAUGUGUUCUUGCAGUGCUGGGAAAACCAACAAAAAUUGCUCAGUGCACUGCUGUCAGUUCUCACUGAGCAGUGGUUAAUACAUAUAUAUAUAUAUAUAUAUAAUUAAUAUGUAUAUGUAUGUUGUAUAUGUAUGUCUCCCUGGCAAAGCCAAACAUGGGUGAAGAGCUCUGUCUGCACAGUCUCUGACUGCAGUCUUAGAAGAAACAUGUGCUUCACUAUGACAGCCUUGUCAGUUGUGAGUUAACUCUAAAAUACCAGGAGUAUGCAUUAUUUUUAAAAUGAUACUUUUUUUCCCACUGUGACACACAGGAGAAGAGUUCUCUUGGGAAGGGGUGGGGAGGUUUCCUUUAUACUCCCUUUACCCAGUUAUAUGUGACAGCACAGUUCAGAAUAAGAAGUGGAUGCCAGAAACAUGAGUUCCUCACAGAGAGACUGAACGCUAUUUUGCCAUUUGGUUCUUCAUUCCCCUUCUCUGGCUAUUUUUGUCAGGGGACAAAUGCAGCAUCCAAGUCUGACCAGACUGGUUCAGUCCCUUUGUGCUUGCUGGCUGCAGGUGCUGGCAUGGGUGUCUGUGACCAAGGGCCCAAGGAGCUGCCCUGCUCCGGAUUCACGCCUUUGGUCAGUAAAUUCCAUAGUGUGGUACCCGGGCUUUUGCACUGGUCCUGCAAAAGAGAUGCUGCUGCACAUGUUUUCUGCUCCAGCUGCAGCUUUAGGUCAGUGUUACUGCAUAAUUAAAUGAGGUGCCUUAUUAGAGGGUGCUGCUGCCCAGUAAAUGAUUCUCCCAGUUAAUGUUAUGAUACACAGCAUGUUCCCAGGCAGUAACUCAGCAGUGACCAGCAUCUCCACAGUGAUCUUUGAAGAGCUUACAUCCUUCUGGCUGUGUCAUCAGGGAUUCCUGAUUGAAUCCCUAAGAUAAAUACGUGAAGUGUCUUAUAUCUGGAAGUCUGGAAGGUACCUCAGCCUGUUGUGAUCAGUACAAGUGAGGAAGGAACUGGCCUGGGAAUCUGGAUGCAGAGCAGAAACGCUCCUCUUCUGCUGGCCUUGGCCAGCUGGAGGGGUGUGUGGACACUGCCUGCAGAGCCUGACACUUUGCUCAAGGUGGGCAGGUGGGAACAGCUCUUCCUCUUGUCCUACCCUGAGGAUGGGAAGGGGCUGGCCGUGGCCUCCACAGAUCCAGGGAAAGCCAUGCCAAGUGAGAGGGCAAAUGUUGCUGAGCUGGGGUCAGCAAGAUGGUGUGGGGCAGGGGACAGAUGUCUGGGGGAUGAAAACCCGUUCACCUGCCUGGGCUCCGUGAUCUCACCUAUGUUACAGAAGCUCUAAAACUGAGGCUGGCGGUUUUGAUAGCUAUUCUUUUUAUUUUUUAAUUACACAUAUGCAUGAAAUUGGAGUACAUUCCAUUAUUGUGGAAAGAUGACAGCUUAAGCCGUAUGGAUCACAGAUUUCUUGUAGGAACCAUGACAUGCCUUAAUGCUGAUUAUUAGCACUAGAAAAAGAAACACUUCCAUGACUGUCAGUAUGUUAUUGUCAAGUGAGAAGUUUUCUGACACUUUGUAAAAUGCCUGUCACAGAUCAUGAACCUGCAAUACUUUAAUGAACCCUGAAAUUUUCCCUGAGCAUUUUAAGGAAACAUUAGUCAACCUAAUAAUCUAAAUGUACACUGCAGAAGUGUGAGGAGUAAUAAAAUUUAAACAACGGGACUAAGAGAGUUUCUUUUUUUUGGUGUGUGUGCUCUGAAAGCAGUGAAGGAAGGCCUUCAGAGCACAGGAAUUUAGCAGAUAAAAAUGUUCAGGAUAUUUCUCUGAUCACCUUUAGCAAUUGCAUCAUGAUGUGAGUUGGCGGUGCAAUAUGAAACCUCUGGAUUCUCAGGUUCUCAUGCUGUGAAACCAAACACAGAAACCAAAGCACUUGCUGUCUUGUGGCUGAUGGUGGAAGUGAAUGUAUGAGCCCACUGGCCAGUGGACAGGCCCUCACACCGUUCACCUCACAUGGGGUGGUAUCAAAGGGUGAGGCCAAGGCAGGUUUAUUGCCCCCUCAUGCACCCUCGCAAUUUGACUUCCCCUGCUCAAAAUUCAAAUGCUUUAAAGGUACAAAUGGGAGAAGAUGUUGGUGAUUUUUUCGUUGCCUGGGCUGAAGUUGUCACUUGAUUCACUGGAGAGCUUUUCCCUUUUUUGGGUGAACUAAACUUUGGCAUAUAACAAGUGGGUUUAAGGUGCCCUAUAAACAUAUCUGGAUUCUGAGUACCCUGGAAACAGAACAGGAUCUGUGCCCUUAGUUUGUUUCUGACCAGCCCCAGCUGCCAAACAGGACAUUCUCCCAGUUUCUACCUCAUGACACGUCUGCUGGCUGGGCCCAGCCCUGGCCUCUGCCUUCCCACUGAGGUGUCCAUGCUUCCCUGAACUGCGGGAAGGGAGGCGGCAGCCGCCGCUGUCCGGCUCCGUGCUGCUCGAACAGCUCCCUGCUGGCCCGUGUUCUCAGUUCCUUUUCUCGGUGUGGCUGUGGCUGAGGCUGGGCUGUGGGAGGUGCAUGGCCUCUGCUGGGGUGCUCAUGAGAGCAGAGGCUGUCACCGCGCGGUCCCGGCCCCCACGCCACGGUCCCAGCGUGUCCCCUCCGGCCUGAGGCCGGCCCCGCGGCAGAAGCGCCCAAGACUCUCCUAGGAAGCUACACUGGGUUGUUGCUGGGUUUUUAUGUGUUUACAAUUUUUUAGUCUUUGUAAUUAUUUAAAAAAUCUGUCUGCAAUGAAUAUAGAGUUUACUGACUAAGAAAGCAACUGGUUUAAUCUUGUAAAACUCUGACCCACUACGGGUGAAACAUUACAGUCCAUCACGAGCUGUUCAAUAGUGCGUUUGAUGCCUUAUUACAAUUGCAGCCGCGCUCUGUACAGAGACAAAAAUAAAAGUCUGUGAAGCUGA